AUGUUAGUGCCGCCCGACAUGAUGGGCGCCCAUUCCCGGAUGCUCUACCAGGUCAACAAGUACGUGGGCGAAAAGGUCGCCUCUCGCCAGGCCACCAUCGCCAAAACCGUUCGCGAAGUGGCCAAAGUCGUGCAAGACGUGCUCAAAGAAGUCGAGGCCCAAGAGCCCCGCUUCAUCUCCAGUCUCACGGAAGUCAACGGCCACUUCGAGGGCCUCUACGUCGUGUCGCCCACGGAAUUCGAAGUCGUGCUCUACCUCAACCAAAUGGGCGUGUUCAACUUUGUCGACGACGGCACUUUGCCCGGAUGUGCCGUGCUCAAGCUCAGCGAUGGCCGGAAGCGGUCCAUGAGCCUCUGGGUCGAGUUCAUCACUGCCUCGGGCUAUUUGAGUGCGAGGAAGAUCCGGUCCCGGUUCCAAACCCUAGUGGCCCAAGCGUGUGACAAGUGUGCGUAUAGGGACAUGGUGAAGAUGGUGGCGGACACGACGGAAGUGCGGCUGAGAUUGAGGGAGCGAUACGUGGUGCAGAUCACGCCGGCGUUCAAGUGUGGCGGGGUGUGGCCCAGGUCCUCGGCCGCGUGGCCGCAGCCGCAUAUCGCGUGGCCCUCGCCACAUCUGGUGGCCGAGGUCAAGACUGAAGGUUUCGACUUGCUGAGCAAAGAGAGCCCAGUUUUGCAAGCCGCCAAAAAUAACAACAACGCCGCCAACAGCGGCUCCUCGUCCGCCCUCGCCGCCCUGGGCUCCCCGUCCUCCCACCUCCUGCUCUCCGGCGCCGGCACCGGCGGAAACUCCGUCGCCGCCGCCGUGAGCCAACAAAUGGCCGCCGCCGCCGCCGCCGGCGGCGCCGGCCAGUCCAACACCACCUCGUCCACCAUGGAAGGCGACGCCUGGGUCAUCAGCUUCGCCGAGGCGGAACUGCGCCUGCUUCACGGCGGCUAUCGGCGCCGUUGUCUCAGUAUCCUCAAGACGCUGCGGGAUCGACACCUGGACUUGCCUGGCAACCCCGUGACGAGUUACGUGUUGAAAACCCUGUUGUUGUACGAAUGCGAGAAGCACCCGAGGGAAUUGGAGUGGGACGAGUCGACGAUCGGGGAUCGGAUCAACGGGAUCCUGCUCCAGCUGAUCUCUUGUUUGCAGUGUCGCCGGUGUCCGCAUUACUUCCUGCCGUCUCUGGACUUGUUCAAAGGAAAGUCGCCUUCCUCCAUGGAAAAUGCUGCCAAGCAGUGUUGGAGACUGACCAGGGAACUGCUGACCAACUCUAGGUGCUUUGAAAAGCUCUGA